UAGAUGCCCCGCCCGGUUGUGACGUCAUCGCGUGAACACUGAUCAGAUUUUUAAUGGUGGUUUUAGGACGCUGUACAUUGUCAUCGUUCUUUGCCUUCACCAUUUGUGCCGGAGUAAAGAUGAGAUGUUAAAAGGCAGGAUGAAAACGGACUGUGCGCAUCUGAGCUCACACAGAUGACAAAAUGAACUCUGUUGAUAACAGCAGCAUGAAACAGCAGCGAGCCUCGUCGCCAGCGAGAUUCAAAGACUCGCCGUCAAAGACGAGCACCAAAAGCAAAUCUGCCGCUUCAAAGUCGAGCGGUAAAAGCAGUCGCGGUAAUUCUCCGGUCACGGUAAAUCCCGGCAAAGACAAGCAGGGCAAAGGCGCGGCAGCUGUCCACGGCAGCGGUGCUGAAAGCCCAACACUGAAGAGGGCAGACAAGAGCAAAAGCAUCGAGGAGCGCAGCAGCUCGUCGGAAGAACCGUACGGCGCAGACGAGGAUGCUGCUCGGGUGGUCUCCGAUCAGCCGAGCUCUACGAAGACAUCGCAGGCUAAAAAAGAGAGCGGUAGAGCCGACGGAGGCAAGCAAACCAAGAGCGCAGUGGGAUGCGGCCCGGGCUUCUGGAGAGAGGGAUGCUUGCAGUCCGAACUCAUUCAGUUUCACAUGAACAAAAGCUUGAAGAAAGAAAGCGGCAUGCAGACGAAAGCGUCGAGCUCACAGGUGGCGGAGCAUCAGGUGCCGCCCGAGGACGCCAGACGACAGGCGGAGGCCGUAGCUCAACAAAACCUCCAACUGCAGGAGGAAAUCGAGAGAUUAGAGGAAGAUAAUGAGUAUCUCAAGCAUGAAAUUGACGAAGUGCGGGCAGAGAUGGAUGAAAUGAGGGACACGUUCUACGAAGAGGACGCAUGUCAGCUGCAAGAUAUGCGACGUGAACUCGAGAGAGCACAUAAGAACUGCCGAAUCCUUCAGUAUCGACUGCGCAAGGCAGAGAGGAAGCGCUUGAGAUAUGCAGAGACAGGUGAAAUUGAUGGAGAUCUGCUGAGGAGCCUGGAGCAAGAUUUAAAGGUGGCCAAGGACGUGUCAGUGAGACUGCACAAUGAACUGGAGAACGUGGAGGAGAAACGAACUAAAACAGAUGAAGAGAAUGAAAGACUGAGGCAACAGCUGAUUGAAGUGCAAGUCACCAAGCAGGCUUUACAAAAUGAGCUGGAGAAGACCAAAGAGCUAUCACUAAAACGAAGAACAGGAAAAGAUGCACAGAAAUCAGAGAAGAGGAUUCCUCAAACACCAAUAGAGGAGGAGAAUGAAGAUCUGAAAUGCCAGUUGGCCUUCAUCAAGGAGGAGGCUAUCUUAAUGCGAAAGAAAAUGGCCAAGAUAGACAAAGAGAAAGACCGCCUGGAUCAGGAGCUCCAGAAGUAUCGCUCUUUUUAUGGUGAUGUGGACAGUCCACUCCCCAAAGGUGAGGCAGGAGGUCCCCCCACCACCCGAGAAUCUGAACUAAAGCUCCGUCUGCGGCUGGUGGAAGAGGAGGCCAACAUUUUAGGUCGUAAAAUCGUUGAGCUGGAGGUAGAGAACCGUGGGCUAAAGGCCGAGCUGGAUGACCUGCGUGGGGAGGAGCUGGCGGGCGGCUCGGCGGACCCCUCGUCCAGAGAGCAGAGCGAGGCGCUCUCUGAACUGCGUCAACAGCUGCAGUUGGUGGAGGACGAGGCUGAGCUGCUCCGUCGGAAUUUGGCCGAUGUGGAAGAGCAGAACGUUAAAAUGACCAGCGAGCUCAACAAGCUGAAAUACAAGGCGGGGCAGCACGAGGGCUCACGAUACAAUAGCGGUGCGGUGGACAGCGCAAAGGUCGAGGCCCUUCAGGAGGAGCUCAAAGCCGCCAGACUGCAGAUCAACGAGUUGAGCGGGAAGGUAAUGCAACUGCAAUAUGAGAACCGUGUGCUGCUGUCCAAUAUGCAACGUUACGAUCUAGCUUCUCACUUCGGCAUCCGUGGCAGCCCGAGAGACAGUGACGCGGAGAGCGACUGUGGCCGCAGAGAAAGUGACGACGACUGCUCUCGACUCCCACCACAUCGCAAACGCGAGGGUCCCAUCGGUGGAGAAAGUGACUCGGAUGAAGUAAGGAACAUCCGGUGCCUCACUCCGACACGCUCCCUCUACACCCCGGAGGGACGUUUUUUAUCUAGGAGUUUCAAGGACCGUCAACAGAUGAUUGACAUCCGCAUAGAGGCAGAACGGCUGGGCAGGACCGUCGAUAGACUGAUCGCCGACACCAGCACCAUCAUUGCCGAGGCACGUGUUUACGUGACAAAUGGAGAGCUGUUUGGAAGAAUGGAUGAUGACGAUGAGGGCGGUCGAAUACGAGAACAUGAGCUCCUCUACCGCAUCAAUGCCCAAAUGAAAGCGUUCAGGAAGGAGCUGCAGAAUUUUAUCGACCGUCUGGAAGUACCAAAACCAGAGGACAGAGAAACUGAAGAGCCACUGUCAAUGUUUCAGCCCAUUAUUUUGCUUAUUCUCAUUCUUGUUUUAUUCUCAUCUUUAUCUUAUGCCACUAUUUUUAAACUAGUCUUUCUUUUUACACUUUUCUUCGUCCUGUAGACCUGAUAUUAUUUUAGACCCCAUUUUAUUUCGUUUUUUACUAUUUUAUUUGUUUCUAUAGUUUUGACUGCUUUGUCAUUUUUUCUGUUUUUUCUUUAUCAUAUUGAUUUUGGACAUGUCAUUAAGGUUAUGCAAGGUACAGGA